AUUUCACUUUAUCUAGUUGAAUGAAGCCAUGUAUUGUGGAAUUGCCCAUGAAGCACAUAUACGCAGAUACGAGCUAUAAGAAUACCGGGACAUCACAUUUAAAAUGGGUUUGCUUUGGAUUCCGUCGCUGACAAAGAGCAAUACUACUUGUCCACUGUGGAAGAGUUGCUAGCUAAAUAAGUUAGCUAGCUUCUAGUUCCUGCAAUAUAGCUAGCAAAAAGCUUCUCUAAGGCAAGAUGAGUGGUAAUUCUGGUCAAAAUCCUGUGCCCAUCGACACCAAUGGCAUUACUCCAUUUCAACAGAUGUUGGCUUCCUGCUCAGGGGCUCUCCUGACGUCAUUGUUUGUCACACCUCUGGAUGUUGUGAAGAUCAGACUCCAGGCUCAGAAAAGUCCCUUUCCCAAAGGGAAAUGCUUUGUGUAUUGCAAUGGCCUGAUGGACCAUACCUGUGUGUGUACGAACGGCAACUCCAAGGCCUGGUACAAGGCCCCCGGCCACUUCAAUGGCACUCUGUAUCAUGGCGGUCCCGGCGACAGUGAUCUACUUCACGUGCUACGACCAACUGCGUGCUGCCCUGAGGGUCAGGAUGGGGUCACACGCUGAGGAGGCGCCUCUACUAGCAGGCGCCCUCGCCAGAGUGGGCUCUGUGACAGUGAUCAGUCCGUUGGAGCUGAUCCGUACGAAGAUGCAGUCCCAGAGAAGUUCGUACAGGGAGCUGAGUGAGGUUAUCCACUCUGCAGUACGCAACGAGGGCUGGCGGUCUCUCUGGAGGGGCUGGGGACCCACACUGCUUAGAGACGUGCCCUUCUCAGCCAUGUACUGGUAUAACUAUGAGAAGGGGAAGGCGUGGCUGUGUAAGCACAACAACAUCAGAGAGCCAACGUUUGCCAUCACCUUCAUAUCCGGAGCGGUGUCUGGAUCAAUCUCUUCCAUAGUAACUCUUCCCUUCGACGUUGUGAAGACCAGGAGGCAGGUGGAGAUAGGGGAACUCCAGGCUAUGAAUUUGUCGUCCAAGGCCUCCUCCUCUACUCUCAGUGUGAUGACCAAGAUUGUGGCUGAGAACGGAGUGGGUGGACUGUUUGUAGUCCCUCUCUCUCCAUCACUCCCUCUCCUCCACCCCUCUCUCUACCCCUUUCACUCCCUCUCCUCCACCCCCCCACUUUCUCUCCUACGUUUCUCUUCUAGGUUUCCUUCCCAGGGUGGUCAAGGUGGCCCCAGCCUGUGCCAUUAUGAUCAGCUGUUAUGAGUUUGGGAAAGCCUUCUUCCGCAAGCACAACCAGGAGAGGCUGCUGACCAGCACCACCUGACCUGACUAGGGCCUCUCACACACACAAACCACCACCAUAGACAAUACCAAGAACACAAUCAGCCAUCGCCAACAGUAGGUAUUGGCUACCUCUACCUUUCCCUGGGUCCUUAGAGAUUUUCAGGUGUAACUUUGCAUGCCUGUGUCCUCCCAGCUGCUUAGACACUCCAACACCCCUCACUGUUAUAAAGUGUUCAAGUGUGAUCUGUCAUGUGACUAGCUGGAAGUAGCCAAUGUUGGCAUUUAGGACCCAAGAACGCCAGGACUUGAUUCUGUUCCAAAGCAGUUAAUACUGGCAGACAUGAAAACAAUAUUGAAGACAAAUAUUUGUAGGUAAUCAAUAUUAUUCAUAUUUUCUUAUAUUUCUCAAUCAAGGUAUACUGCUCUUAAUCACCAUACUAAUUGUGACAAGAGAAAAUAGUAAAAGUGCACAGAUUGUAUUUGAAAUGUCAUUUUCACAACUACUUAAAAAUUAUUUGCAUAAUCUUUUUCCUUUGCACCCAUGAUGAAAUAUGUUAUGAAGUGCAUUUAAUUACACUGGCCUGUAGGUGUUAGAGACUUAUCUGUAACCAGAAACUGAGUGGGUCAUAUUGGACAAGUGUUUUGUCCCAUUAUGUUAGUUGAGGUAUGGGGGUUGUGUGCACUGUGCCAUCCGGGGUCUGACAGUAAUAAUCAUUUGAUGGAUGCUUAUAUUUGUCCUUUUUCACACAUGUACACGUGUGUAUCAUACCCAUGUCGGAAAUGGGGAAAUGGGUUUUUUGCAUAUCCAGAUACCCUCGGAGAGUGGAGUCAGGGACAGUAGAGAUGAGGGUCAAAGCUGUGGAUGAGGCGGGAUAACUUCUGGUUAGUAGUCUCUGUCCCGCAGAACCCCCUCUCAUUCUCUGCCGCUUUCUCUAUCUCAAUUCAUGACCCUAACUCUCACCUCAUUCUCAACCCUAUUGGAAGAGAAGGCUCAAGGUCCUUCAGGAUACAUGUUCUGUUCAGUGCCAGACUGCCAGUUUAAACCUGAAAUUCAACUCUUAACUUGCACCGCUUCCAGAAUCCCAUAUUCAAUCCCCAGUCAGCCAGACAUGGACUGUGAACUGUGACAACCUGUAUAUGUUCUCAAAACAUGUAGCAAUGAUAUAUAUUUCUAUUGUUUAAUAUAUUCUACAAUGAUCACCUGCAGUGACACGUUUUCCAACUUUGUACAGAAAUACAUAGAAUAAAAGUCACAUUUUGACAUUGGAA